ACUAUUGAAUGGGUAGAUCCUACAUGUUUAUGUUUUGAAUUCUGAAUAAGACGUAGGCAAAAAUUUCCCCACUCUAGAAUAUUUCAUGCAGGACAGAAGACAAAGUUCAUCUAUAGCCCCUGCGCACUUCUUAAUAAAUAUUAGAUUAAUUGAGUUAACCAACAAAAUCAUCCUGAUGAAGCCAUCCUUCUGUCUCUUCAUCAUGCCAACAAGCUUGUUUUCGUUGCUCUUGUUGUGUAAUCUUAUAGCAUUUACUAACUCUUUUUCUUCAUCUACGCAGCCACGAUGCCAUGAUGAUGAGAGAUCUUCCUUGUUGCAAUUCAAGGAAGGCUUUGUCAUCGACAAUUCCAUUUAUGGUUGUGAUCCUUCUGCUCCUUCAAAGAUCGAGUCUUGGAAGCUUUUCCAUGGAGAAAGUAGUGACUGUUGCUCAUGGGAUGGUGUGGAAUGUGAUGAAGAAACCAAUCAUGUGAUUAGCCUUGACCUCAGCAGCAGUUGUCUCUUUGGUUCUAUCAAGUCCAACAGCAGCCUGUUUCAUCUUCUUCAACUUCGAAGGCUUAAUCUUGCCUACAAUGACUUCAACUUCUCUCAAAUACCAGCACAAGUAGGCCAUCUCUUGAGGUUAACUCAUCUCAACCUCUCUUCGUCUCGCUUUUCUGGUGAAAUCCCAGAUGAAAUCUCUAAUCUAUCCAGCUUGAUUUCCCUUGAUCUAUCUCAUUACAAUGAUUUGAGGCUCCAUAAGCUUAGUUUAAGAGGUCUAGUUCAAAAUCUGACCCAUUUAAAGGUACUGCAUCUCUCGAGCGUUGACAUAUUAUCAAGGGUGCCUGAUCUCUUGGCUAAUUUUUUGGCUUUGCAAUCUCUCCAACUUGAUCAAUGUGAGCUGCAAGGAGAAUUCCCAACGGGCAUUUUCCAGCUUCCAGAGCUGAAGAUGCUUGACAUAAGUGGAAAUUCAGAUCUCAAAGCUUCUUUGCCUGACUUUCAAAAGGGAAGUCCCCUCAAAUCAAUGAGCCUCUCCGAAGUUAAAUUUGUGGGAGAGAUACCUUCUUCGAUUGGAAAUCUUGACAACUUGGAACAACUCGACAUCUCUCAGUGCAAUUUCACAGGAUUGGCGUCAUGCAACCUGAGUGAGUUCCCAACUUUCUUGCACAACCAAGAUCAGUUGCAAUUUCUUGACCUUUCCUCCAACAACAUUCAUGGGCAAAUACCUUCUUGGGUUUGGAACAUUAGUACAACUUCCAUGUACUUUAUGAACCUUUCUCACAACUUUUUGACUGGUUUUCAGCAAGACCCAUAUCCAGUUGUUCUCCAAUGGACUCAUUUACGGGUCUUAGACCUAAGGUUCAAUAUGCUACAGGGAUCUCUCUCAAUCCCUCCACCAUUCAACAACAGAUCGAGGAAUGAAUGUAAAUUGGCAAUGAUCAAUUUAAGUCAGAAUCAAAUACAAGGACAAGUACCAAGAUCAUUCGCCAGUUGCACGAAGCUAGAGUUGCUUGAUUUGAGCAACAACCAAUUCACUGGUCGUUUCCCUUCGUGGAUAGGGAAUCUUCCAGAGUUGAGAAUCCUCAAUUUGCGGUCCAAUGGUUUUUAUGGGGUGAUAGAGAAACACAAACCUUCUAACUUCUCCAAGCUUCAAAUCAUUGACUUGUCUCAUAAUAAUUUUACUGGAGAGUUGCCUUCAAUGUACUUCGAAAGAUGGAAUGCCAUGAAAGUUGCAGAUGCAAAUCCUACGAGAUACAUAGGAAAAAAUGAAGAGUUCACUACAACUCCAUAUUAUAACACUUACGACUACUCAAUGAUCAUCAACAACAAAGGUUCAGAAAUGGAAUAUUUGAAGAUUCCAGGUGCUUUGGCUGUAAUUGAUUUCUCCCACAACAGAUUUGAAGGCGAUAUUCCAGAAGUCAUUGGAAAUCUCAAGGCGCUUCAUUUGCUCAACUUAUCCAACAACAUGCUGAGGGGUCAUAUACCAUCAUCUUUGGCGAACUUGAAGGAAUUGGAAUGUUUGGACCUUUCUGCAAACAAGUUUUCAGGAGAGAUUCCAUCACUAUUAACACAACUUACAUUCCUUUCAUCUUUCAAUGUGGCAUACAAUCAGCUUGCAGGACCAAUUCCUCAAGGAAACCAGUUCGAUACGUUUGAGGACAAAUCAUUUGCAGGGAACGUAGGAUUGUGUGGAGCUCCUUUGAAGAAGAAAUGCGGAGACGUGGAGGCAUCUACACCACAUCCCCCAUCCCUUGCGAAAGAUAAUGGGUCAGGAUCUCCAUUUGAAUUUGGUUGGAAGAUAGUUUUGUUGGGCUAUGGAAGUGGAUUUGUAGUUGGAGGCGUUGCUGGGCACAUAUUCACCACAAGAAAACGUGGUUGGGUUGUGAGAACGUUUGGGCUUAGGAGAAAACAACGAAGAAGACGCGGGCAGACAGGAAAUAGAAACAGAAAUUGAUAUUAUUGGAAUAUAUAUAUAUAUAUAUAUAUAUAUAUAUA